AUGUCAUAUACGGAUUCUAAUAAACCAGUAAGAGCUCCACCAAUUAAAAGUGAUUAUGAAUUAAUAGAUGGUGAUCCAUACUUUGGCAGAGUUGUAUCAUAUUUUAGACCAUCAGAUUAUUUAAGUUGGGGUAUAUCAACUGCAAUUAUACCAUUAAGUAUACAAUUGUGGGAAAGAUUAGAACCAUCGUUGGGUAAAGGUACGAAACCAUUACCAAUAAGUGGUACUACAUAUAGAGCAGCAACAGCUAUAGGAUUUUUUGGUGGAUUUUAUUUAAGUUAUAUAAAUUCAAGUCAAAGAUUUUUAGGUUGGAAAGAAAAUAAAAGAGAAGUUGCAAAAGAUAGAUAUGAGAUAAAAAAAUUAUUAAGUCAAGGAAAAUUACCAUAUCAUGAAAAUGAAAGUGUUUUAGAUGAUAGAAAUAAAGAUAUUGCAAAUAGAAAUUCUCAAUAUAGUUCAACUUUUUUGUUUAUAAUGCCUUGGUUUAAUUUAGCUUAUCAUCCUUAUCAUCAAGUUAAUUUAAAUAAAUAUUAUGAAAAUAGACCAGGAGAAGAAGAAUGGGGAUUUAAAUUAAAACCGUUAAAUGAAAUUUAUUCUAAAUAUGAAAAAAAAAUUAUAUAA